AUGUCCGCAACGCUCGCGCACGCCCGUCUCGUAUCCCUCGUGCUCUCCUUCGCCUUCGGCAUCGUGGGGAUGGCCACUGGCAUCAACGCGCUCGCCAAGUCCAACUCCUCCAAGUCCGCCGUGCGACGCGCCGCUAGCGGCCUGGGUGCGACCGUUAACAUCGACACGCACGACGUCUUCUCCUCUGGAGUGGUCAUUACCGUCGUCUGCGGCCUCAUCGCGCUCACGUCAUUCUUCACUCUCGUGCAUGCGCUUCUCGCCCGCUUCCGCUGGCGUGUGAGUGCCGCGAGCUCCAGCGCCGACAUUGGCCGCCACCUGCGCACCGUGCCGCUAACGGGCGCGCACGUCCUCACCUUCCUGACCCUUUGGCUGUUCGCCACGCUCGUGCCCUUCACGGACUUCGUCGCUAACCGCCAGGCCAAAGUGACCGCGUACAUCGGCGGUGUCCAGCUUCCCCCGAACCUUGUCCAGGGCACCGAAGCAGAGCUCGGCGUAACCCCGGUAUACCAUAAACUCGGCUACUUGCGCGCCGGCACCGUCCUGCCGUGGAUCGCGUUCCUCUUUGCUGCGACGUCUGCCGCCCUGUCAUACGCGUAUGCGCGUUCCGCAGCGUCGUUGAUCGCUGGUACGAACGGAUAUGCCGCACAACCGGAGGUGCAAGAGAAGGAGAAAGUGCCGGAGCAGGCAGAGGCACAGCAGUCGCUUGUGCAUCAUGUUGGGUCGCCUCGUCUUCUGAUCACUGCAAAUGGUAAGUAUGCGGCCUCGUCGACCGGCUCGAGGAUACAUGUCGCUCUAUCCUACCGCGACCUCCGGCGGGCUGGGAUAGCUUACCAGUAUUCGUUUGAGCUUCUUGCGGUCCUACCUGCUCCACAAUCACGCGCACCACAUUUCACGGUCAGCCAGUCGGCAUGGCCUCCGCUCCGAGAACAUCUCCAUUACAUCCGCACGAUAGUGGUCUGGUUGUUAUACGAAUCCGUGCUACAGCCAUGCGGUAACCUCCUCAGCUUGCGAGCUGCGAGGCAAUACUGUUUGCAAAUUCUAGAGGCGCGUUCUAUCAAAUUGUGGCUUGGCUUCCGAAUUUCUAUCAAGUGUGCCCUCCCUUUGCACGAAUACGUCCUUACAAUCAGCCAAGAAGUCGAACACAUAUGGGGUAACGAGUGUGGGCGCGCCUCAAGAGCGUUGUUCAGCCUCAAUCGCUUCGUGAUGCUUCUCAUGGCUGUCGGCAAUGUUUUACAGGUAGUACCAUUCGCCACGCAUAAGGUGAGCUAUUUUCAACGUUGGUCGGUCGAUCAUAGCUAUUCUCUGCAGGAUACGUUCACACGGAGGACAGUUGUUUCAGCCCUUCGUGUACAUGCUCUGAGUGUGCACAACUGGUAUUUAUCGCUGCCUACCCUACUUCUUGGGCUGGUUCCGUUCAUCACUAAUACAUGCAACGUGAUCGGGGUAUAUUAUCUUGCACGACCUAUCCCCACAUUGGUCAUCCCCUAUUGCAUGGCCCUUGUUCCGAAUCAUUUGGUACUAGGGAAUUCCAAUAACGGUAUCGUUAUAUUCUCCCGCACCAGCAUUGACCUGACUCGUGUUUACUAUCUAGCAACGAUUAUUACACACAUGCUAGUCGGUCUUUCAGACUCGACAGGAAACCUUCGCUCGUCGCGUUACUACUCCGAGACGUUCUCAUCUACGCUGACGGGACAGGACAACGGUGCUUUGAUUCAGUUUAUAUUGCCAAUGUCGUCCAUCCUGGUUUCCCGAUUCCUACUCAAUAUUCACGAAGCCAUGCACUCUUCCCCGUAUGGCGAAUCGGAUAGGACGGUGACCGUCAUGUCUGCAGACAUAUUGCAAUCAGACACACAGACACCAGCUCUCAUCUUCGCCAGUCAAAGCUGCAGCGAAGGCGGAAUCAUUGAGGAUGAUGGAAUUUUGAUGGAGAACGGACACAUCCAAGAAGUCGUAGACGAUGAAGCAGAAAUCAUAGACAUUGAACCGGCCGAUAGAAGGAUUAGGACAUUAUGA